AUGCUUUCACCAAUUGCUAGUUCGACUCUCCAGGCGACUGCCAUUGCUGCUACGUCCAAUGUCAUCGCUCAGCUUCUCGAACAGCGUAGCAAACAGACAGCCUCAGGCUUCUCUAUGUCAGACUUCCUGCGUUUCGUCAUCUUCACACUGCUCACCGCACCACCCAACUAUCUCUGGCAACAUGCUCUCGAACGCAUGUUCCCGGGCCGCAAACCACUGAAUCCUACCAAAACAAUGCUGCCGCGAUACGAGCUUCGUGAGCACAAUGGUCCUUCGGGAGAAGACGGUUCACAACAACAAGAGGAGCCAGAGACAAAGCUGGACUGGAAGAACACCAUGAUCAAGUGGUUCAUAGACUGCAUAACGCUGGGCGCAUUGCUCAAUACAGGCGUUUUCAUCAUCCUCAUGGGCAUCAUGAAAGGAAGAUCGAUGCACCAGAUCGGAACUGCAUUAAGAACGAGCACAUUCUCGAUCAUUUACGCCAGCUAUACCAUAUGGCCUCUGGCUUCAAUCGUUAAUUUCUCGUUGAUUCGAGUGGAGAAGAGGAUUGUGUUUCUCAGUCUGGUCGGAUUAGUCUGGGGCAUUUUCCUCAGUCUCACUGCUUCAAAGCAGUGA